AGAAGGCUUCCUGCCUCCGAAGCCAAAAACGUUGCGUAGAAAAUACUCCGACUGGCAGAGAAAGUGAGAGGUGACUGGGUGGCUGUUCCUGGCGGCUCCAAAUCACACGGACCAGACCAGACCAGACCAGACGACGGUUCGUCCCACCAGUCUUCUCAACUUUAACCUCUCAGACAAUCUUUGUCAUGUUCUGCCAACCCACCGCCCAAAAUGGUCCAACAUGGUCGCCCGAGAGAGUCCCUGAUUCGAAUCGCUUCAUGAAUCGUGCAGGGGGCCUAUUGCCUAUGCUCGGGGAUGAAUGCAUCCAAGCAGCCUGAAUUCGACAGCCUUCAGCAUACCUAUCAUCCUCUGCUCCAAUCACCGCUCGCUCCUCCUGACGUCACCUCAGCUAUUUGCGCCGCAACAUCUGCCACAUGGCUUUCAGUUGGAUACAUGCAACUCUAACCUGUGACACCUUCAGUCUCCCUCCUCCGACCUGUUAAAUUCCCCUAUGUAACAUCAAGCAGUAUACCCUAUACCGACUUGUCUCUGUCCGUCUACACCCAGCACUAACAACGCAAGCUCCCGUCAUGGAGCCGGCCCAUCACCAACACCAGCAAUCUGGCGACCCAAGUCCACGGAAGUCGGCCUCCGUAACCCCCCAAACUUUGACCUCGACCCAGCUGCACGCGCUCUUGGACAUCCUCACCCAUCACGAGACAUAUACAGAGGUCGAAAGCUUCAAGCACCCUGCCACCAUUUCAGGGUAUGGAUAUCCCUUUGCCCAACGCACUAAGAAUGACAGCACUAGCGCACCGACAUAUGCCACCGACUCGUCGUCACCUUUACUAGCCGGAGUGCUCCGGACCAUCGUUUUGUCAUUUCCGGGAAUUCGGGAUCUGCCGCCAGAGUUUUGGCACCAAAAGUUUCAAGGCAUCUUGGAAAAGCUUGCAGAGGCGAAUCUUUCCGAGAGCUACGACAAGGGGUCGCUGGGUGCUAGGAAGACUUUGGCCACUGCUGCGUCGUCGAUUCACGAAGUGGUUUCCCGGGGGAUACUCGGAGGUCUUGAACAAGGAGAGAAGAGAGAUCUCAAGGGCAACUAUGACCGAUCACAAGCGGAGGUUCUUGAGCGGGCAUGGGAGGAUGCUGUGCAUGAGUUGCUGUAUGGGAAUCUGAUUGAUGAACUGUUUCGCUGCGCUGCUGAGCAGAAGAGUCUGGAGGAACACUCGUCUGGUGUUCAAGCUGCAGUGGACUACAUCAUUAUCCAUCUGGCAACACUGCUACAUCAUGUCUUCGUCCUGACCCCUGAGGGACCAUAUCUGCUCAAACUCAUGGAAAAUGUGCAUAAGUUGCUACCUUAUUCCAUGGUUAAGCAGACUCUGCGCAUAGGAAAUGCCGCCACCAUGAUUCACGGCAUGAUGCGACUUUUGCUGGCCAAAGUGGGCGUCGGUGCACUUUCUAACUGGGUUGGACUCACCCAAGAUGCGGAUGAUGGCAUGAAUCUGUUACAAAAGAUCAUCUCAAUGGUUCUCUCUUGGGAUAACACCGAGUCAAGAAAAACCAUUGACAAGAUUGAAAAGACCAGAGGUCAACUUGCCUUGUCCAAGUGCCAACUUGAUGCGAUCAAAGUUCAUGUUGACAAACCAAGGGAGGAGCACGACGAGGCCCGCAAUCACAGCAUAAGCACCCCAGAAACAAUGGUGGUGACUAUUCUAAGGAGGUCCAAUCCUAGUUUGCUGAAGAACCUCACAGAAGAACAACACGCCCAGUAUCUUGAAUACUUCUCUACGUUGCUCAUGAUCAGAGACCGCGAGGAAAUUCCAAAUGUACUCUGCCGUCAGCAACCAGAUCUUUUAACCAAAGCAGUCAGGGAUCUUGUGGCUGCGUUUGAGCCGUUUAUUCGCGUCCUGCAUGAACACGUUGAUCUGCGGGAGCAUGUAGCGGCUGUUGAGGGAUUCAUUGGCGAUUUUAUCAACAUCGGCAAGGCGAAACCAAAGAACGGGAACGGCUUCCUCAGCAGCUGGACCAGUGGUUCCCCCAAAAACGAUACUGAGGCCCGGACGCCGUCAGUGGAGGAUUAUGUCAUUCUUCUACGAAGAAACAGGCAGUUGUUGUACAAUUUCCUGCAUCAAGUGGCCAGCCAGUGCCCCUAUCUCACCAACGACUUUCGAGUAUGGUGUAACAGCACUAUCAAAGUGUUUCAGCAGCACCAGCGACCGCCAUCAGAACAUGAGCAAUCAACAAAGUCACCAGACUCGUCAAAAUCAAGGAAACGUCCUGGAGGUGCAGGCGCAGUGAGUAGUAACCUCCAGCACCUCUUUAGCUCCCUGCCUUCUUCGACAAGAGAACGCAUCCUUCCCAGCAUCAACGCGCAUGCGUCAUAUCUCUCUUCUUUGGAGGAUCUUUCGAGAAAACGGAUGCAGACAAUCUUGGAUAAUUUACCACCGGACGACCCACCUUCUUUUCCGCGACCGACUUCUUCCUUGAGCAACAGUGGGUGGUCAACGCCGCUGUCUUGGGGGUGGUCAGGCGGCGGUGGUGAUUCCCGGAAACCAAGCCCGCCACCCACAACAACAACAACAACAACAACAGGGAACACAAUGCCGUUGAAACAGUCUUAUGCCGGACCGGGAAUGUUUCUCUCGAGAUGGCAGCAAUUGUUAGAUGAUACGGUUAUUGGACCCGCAACGUUGGAUGGGAAGUUGAGGAGUGGGAGGGAUGUCAAAGGGCAGUUGGCGAUGGGGAAAACAGGGGUGAUGAAAGAGGGAGGGCUGGAUCCAGCGAAGUUGGUGAGGAUGGCGGAGGAGGAGGCGCCGAGGGCUCCGGAUGUCAAGGUGGUGGUUGAGGCUUUGGGUGGGGAGUUUAAAGGGUUGGUGGGGGAUAUUUUGAAGGAGAAUGGGAGGUUUGCGGUUGGGGUUGAUAGGGUUGGGGAGAGACAUGAUUGUGGGAGGGUGAGGCAUAGGGAUAGAGUAGAGGUUUAG